AUGAGUCGCAUAAAGGGCAAGCUUGCUGCAGCAGCAGGUGAAGAUGGAAGAUUGCCCGCUGUCGAUAUUAUCAGGAACGUCACAUAUGCUAUCGGAGACUCAAAAGACGAUCUCGGGCCAUUUAGCGGCGUGACUGUAACUCGCAACACGUCCUUGUUAGACGUUGUCCACGGUACGAUCUCGAGAUUCGAAAACCUUCAGGCCGAGUGCAACGAGGCUAAGGCCGCCCGUAAUACUGCGCGGGAGGAACUCAAGACACUGCGAGCGGAGUAUAACCGCGCAAAAAAAAGGAUUGAGACUAUUCAGGCUUCAUAUGGUCAUUCCGAAAACGCUAGGGAGGCAUUGGCUAAGCAAGUCGAGGCACUUGCGGAAAUUCUACAGCUUCCAGAGCAUGGACGGUCUCCAGAAGACAUCAUCAUGACCCUCGUCGCCGAUGUCAACGAAGCCAACGAACAGGCAAAGAAAGAUGAAAAAUUUGUCGCAAAGAGUCUAGAUAGCGCGGCACAACUGCAGGAAGAUGCCAGGGAGGCAGAGGCAGCCGCACAAACGAGGCUUUUGGUCCUUCAAGAGGAGUACGAUGCUGUCAAUUCCAAUUUGGAGAACAUCCAAAUGAACUACGAGGCUGUCAAGCAUAGGUUGGACAGCAAUCAACAAGAACGACAAAAGUUAGACACGAUUAUCGAUCGCUUCCGUGCUAUCUGGGAAUCUAUCCUCAAUGCCUGGGAUAGCUGCUACAAUCGGCGCACUGAAGACUUCCGCAAUGGCGUGCUACAAGUCUGGGAGCACCUCCAUCGCGAGAUCUGGUCGGGAAACCUACCCCUUGCUAGCCCUGCACAAGUCGGCCUGCCAGCGGGGGACAGUCGGUAUGCGCCGUGGGCUGUAACAAAUAACUUUCCCAACUUGGAUUCGGAAAUGAAACAUGAUCUCAGUUUGAGUUUGGAUUGUAUAUUCAACGAUGCUUUCAAUCUUCUGAAAUAG